ACAAGCCGUUGCGUAACUUGCAGUAUCAUGCCAAGAAGCAGCUGCUUAGACAACAAACAUUGAUCGAGACACACCCUCUCUAUAUUUGUCCCAUCCCACCCACUCGAUACUUAUAAGACUCGGCCAUCGGCACCCUUCUCACGAUCGUAGCGACUUUCCAAUUUCCCAAUAAUUCUUCGAACACAAUGGAGCACACUUUGUCAACACUAUUUUCCUCUCUGGCCAGUAGGCCUCAAACCUUUGAUCGGUUUCGGCAACUCCCCCCUGAGCUGCGCAUCAAAAUAUGGCAACAUGCUAUGCCACCAGCACGAACAAUCGUCGUGAAGCCACCUCGCCAACAAGAAACUCCUACCUCCAUAGACGAAGCUCUGGUGCAGUCACAAGAUGACACUGAACAAACGUGGCGCUCGAAUGCGCAGAUACCUGCCCUCUUACACGUCAACGCUGAGGCGCGCCACGAGGCCCUCAAGCACUACAAGCUAUCCCUCGCCGUCGGCAAGGCACAACCGCAAAUUUACGUCGAUUUCAUACGAGAUACAUUGUUCUUCGGAACCUCGGAGCUAAAUCCGCAAUGCUCAGAUCUAUGGGCCUCUACUCAUGAUCUGGACAAGGUCCAACGCCUGGCCGUCAUACCUGAGGGUGCAUACCGGGUGUUGCGCUGGAAGAAGGUGGACCUAAAUGCCUUACAAAAGAUGAUCUUCGUCUCUGAAACGGAGGGGAUGCAUCUCGGCUCCAACCCAGAGCUGGUGGAGGACACACCACAAGAAGAGGUCAAAGAGAUCGUUGAACACAUCGAAGCGGAAGCGCAGAAGAAGACACUAGACAAAGAUGUAGACAUGCCUAUCAAGAAGCGCAUGAAAGCUGCACGGGAGGAGUUGGACACCCUGAUGAUGGUGCUUCCGUCACAUUGGGAGAAGGAACCGGUCGUUGUGACGGCUGUGUUUAGGAAACAAUAUAGCUCGGGAUUGGCGAGGUGGGUCUGUUGAUCAUCCCGCAUCUUCCAUAGAACCACGAACCAACAACCAACAACCAAAAACCAACAGCUGUUAUUGAUUUGAUACUUUGGAUUGGCAGCAUAGCAAGCGGCAUACUUAGAUUAGUUUCAGAACCAGACAAUAUCAUAUUCUCAAG